GCUUCCAAGAGUAAAAUAACACAAAUAAUAUUUGAAACGACAAUUAAAAAAAAGACCUCCAAAGAUGAAACGGCACAAAAAAUAAUUACAUCAAAAACUAAUAAAAAGACUUCCAAGAAUAGAGAAAGUAAUGUCUCUUCCUGGGACCAGUACGACAAAAGUCAAACGAUUUCUGAAGUAAACAAUGAAGUUUGGACUUUCAAUGAUAUGGAAAACGCACUCCCUUCCACUUGCCAGUAUAAAAUAAAAUCUGCAGCAAACGCAAACAUUGAAGAAAAGUUGAUCAUUUCACAACAAAUAUCUGCAUCAAAUACUGGAAAUUGGAAUACUGAAGGUUGUGAAAGUACUGAAAACUGGGGAAGCGCUAAAAAUUGCAAAAUCACUGAAGAUUGGGGAACCACUGAAGAUUGGCCUGAAUUUUACUGUCUCCAGCCUUACACAUAUGAAAAAAAAAUACCUGUAGCAAAAUUGGAGAUUUGUGCUGUUUGGUUGUGGAUACGAAUGGAAAGAAUUAAUUGUUCAGGAAUUACUUAUAAAGUAUCUAGGAAAGGGUCUAGUGGAGCAGCGCGAGUUUUUCAGAAAAGAAUGCAAUAG